CUUGACGUCACGCGUCAUCAGAAGUCGUCGUCGUCGUCGUCGUUACCACUGUCGCUUUUUUUGAACUUGUGCAGCAGGAGCAGUCAGACGACAGAGGGCUACCAUGGUGCUGAACCCUGUCAUUUCCAAGCUCUCCGGCAAACUGGUGGUGCUGGCAAGUGCCUCUCCGAGGAGACUGGACAUUCUCCACAAUGCGGGCUUGCGCUUUGAGGUUGUCCCGUCCUGGUUUAAAGAAACUCUUGAGAAGGGUCUGUUCAAAGCGCCUCACGAGUACGCAGUGGAGACGGCCAGACAGAAAGCCCUGGAGGUGGCCAGGAGGAUGCCCUUUAAACAUUUGAAAACUCCGGACAUUGUAAUCGGAGCGGACACUAUUGUGAGUGUGGAUGGCUUGAUUUUGGAGAAGCCAGUGGACAAACAUGAUGCUUACAGGAUGCUGUCAAGCUUGAGCGGUAAAGAGCACAGUGUCGUCACAGGUGUAGCAAUCGUCCUCUGUCAUGAGAAUGAAAACGAAGAAGUGGCUUACCAGCUGAUUGACUUCUACGAAGAAACAAAGGUGAAGUUUGCUGAUCUCUCAGAAGAUAUGCUGUGGGAGUACAUCAAUAGCGGUGAACCCAUGGACAAGGCCGGAGGUUAUGGUAUCCAGGCUCUAGGUGGCAUGCUGGUGGAGUACGUCCACGGAGACUUCCUCAAUGUCGUAGGCUUCCCCCUCAACCACUUCUGCAAACAGUUAGACCUUAUUUACAACCGCUGUACUUCCUCUUUGGAGCAGGAGAGUGCCUCUGACCCUCUGGGCCACAGCGUCACUCAACCCCCCUCGAUAGUCGCUCAGCCGCCACCCAAUCUGUCAGCCCAGUGCAGCUCUUCAGGCAAACACAACUCUUCUCCCAGUCCCAGACCGAACAGUCCAUCUGCCAAUCAAACACACCACGGCCAUGACGGCCAUUCCUUCAGCCCUGUCCAUAAGGUGAAAAGGAAAGGCAGUGAAAGUGAAGUGGGUGACAGCUCUGGGACGUUGGUGAACAGCUUGUCGAAACACACCGACGACAGUGGGGCAGCGCUCCGAGACUCUGAGAACACAACGUUACCACUGAUAGCCAGCAGAGGGCAGGUGACUCAGCUCAGUGGGAUGGAGCAUGAGGACAGUGGACCUAAAAAGGAGGAGUUGCAGCGAAUCACUGACCUAAUGGAUGGAUUCAAAGCCUCAAAGGCGCUGUUUACUGCAUCCAAGUUGUGUGUGUUUGACCUGCUGCAUAGCAGGCCGGGGCUGGAUGCUGCACAGAUGGCCCAGGAGAUCAAAGCCUCUGCAAAGGGAACUGAACGCCUGUUGGAGGCGUGUGUGUCUCUGGGACUGUUGAAGAGCGAAGAGAGAACGUGCCAAAAGCCUGUGUACGAGAACACGGAUCUGGCGAAGCGUUUCUUGCGGUCAGAUGCACCGUAUUCGCUGCACGGAUACAUCCAGCACUGCGACAACACGGUGUGGCCUCUUUUCUCCCACCUUGAGAGUGCUGUGCGGGAGGGCACGCACCAGCACGAGAGGGCCUUUGGCAAGAAAUCUAACGAUGUGUUCCAGGAUAACUACUACAAAAGUCAAGAGAUUAAGCUGAGAUUCCUGAAUGCCAUGCACAGCAUUGCCAGAGUUACAGGAAAAGACGUGGCCACAGCCUUUGACCUCUCCACUUAUAAAACAGCCUGUGACGUCGGAGGAUGCACUGGUGCCAUGGCCUACGAGUUUACCAAAGCCCAUCCUGGGUUGUCUGUGACGGUGUUUGACUUACCUGCUGUUGUUGAGAUGAAUCAACAUUUCCAUCCACUCCACGAAGACAACAGGGUUUCAUUCGUGGCAGGAGACUUCUUUAAAGAUGAGUUGCCCAAAGCAGACCUGUACAUCCUGGCGAGAAUUCUUCACGACUGGCCCGAUGAGAAGGUGCACAUGCUGCUGAGCAAAAUCGCCCAAACAUGCACACCAGGUAGUGCAGUGCUCAUAGCCGAGACCAUGUUGGACGGACUGAGACCCUACUCCGCCCUGCAGUCUCUGAACAUGCUCGCCCAAGCCGAGGGAACGGAGAGAACCGAGAGCAAGUACGCAGACAUGCUAGGCCAACACGGAUUUGGGAACACGCGUGUGGUUCGCACUAUGAACUUCAUGGAUGCUUUUAUUGCCGUUAAAAUGUAGCAAGGGAAUCGUGCCCACAAAUCAUCAAUGUUUAUCAUAAAUUGUGUUGCAAUGCAGUCAGACUUGUUUGAUCAGUGGUGUAAAAAAUAUUUUUCAAUAAAAUAAUGGUAUGAAGAAGAAGAAAAAAACUCAAUUAUUAGUUAAAAUUCUGACUUCAAAAUGUUGCCUUAAAGCUUAUCAGCAGAAAUUAUAUCAACAUCAGACAUGUAAGCACUUUACAGAAUAGCUUUUAAGUUAUUCAUGUAUUGUUGGAUUAUUACUACAUAUCCAUAAAUAUUUUAUGAGCAAAUAAA